AUGCUGGAAAAUUAUACUCAAUGGAUACAUCAUGGUGAGCCUUUUCAAUUAGAUAAUGUUAAUCAAUGUGGUGAUUCAUAUGAUGGAGGUGAUUUUGAUGAUCAGGAUAAUGAUGUUCAAAUGAUGUUGAAUGACAUGCAUAGAGGAAACCUUAUGGAAGGUAAUAUAGAGGAAAUUUCUAAUACCCAUGGCACAUGUAUGUCUAAAAGGGAAGUUGAGAAAUUUACUAGACUAUUGAAUGAUGCUGAAUGUGAACUUUAUCCUGGUUGCAAGAAGUACUCGAAGUUAUCUUUUCUUAUCAAGAUGUUGUAUAAUAAGGCAAUAACUAAUUGCAGUAACAAGUCUUUCAGUCUAAAUCUAGAGUUGUUCAAGGAUGCUCUUCCAGAAGGUGAAACACUUCCAAACUCUUAUUAUGAGAUCAAGAAAUUAAUGCGUGAUCUUAGCCUUAGCUAUAUGAAGAUAGAUGCAUGUGUGAAUAAUUGCAUAUUAUAUUGGAAGGAGUAUGAACAUCUUGAUCAAUGUCCUAAUCCAGCUUGUAAAGCUUCUAGAUGGAAGUUUGGUAAGGGUAAACGUAAGAAGAUUGCUCAAAAGGUGGUUAGAUAUUUUCCUUUGAAACCUAGACUCCAAAGAUUAUUCAUGUCCAAAGAAAUUGCAGAAGAAAUGAGAUGGCAUAGAGUAAAACGUGUUGAUGAUGAUACAAUUAGGCACCCAGCUGAUGCUAAGGAAUGGAAAGAUUUUGAUAAGUUACAUAGUUGGUUUGCUCAAGAUCCUCGCAAUGUGCGGCUAGGCCUUUCUAGUGAUGGAUUUAACCCAUUUGGCAAUAUGAGCACUAAUUACUCCAUGUGGCCAGUUAUUUUAUUGCCCUAUAAUUUGCCACCUUGGAAAUGUAUGAAAGAGCCGUUUAUAUUUUUAUCCAUACUUAUCCCUGGUAAGGAUUCUCUUGGGAAUGAUAUUGAUGUAUAUUUGCAGCCAUUAAUAGAGGAGUUGAAAGAAUUAUGGGAAGAGGGAGUUGAAACAUAUGACGCAUAUUCUGGUGAUAAGUUUCAAUUGUAUGCUGCAUUGUUAUGGACCAUAAAUGAUUUUCCUGCAUACGGAAUGUUAUCUGGGUGGAGUACAAAGGGAAAGUUAGCUUGUCCUAUUUGCAAUAAGUGGACAUGCUCGCUUACUUUAAAGAAUGGGAAAAAACAAUGUUACAUGGGUCAUCGUAGAUACUUGGAUAAACAACAUCCAUGGAGAAAAAGUAAAAGAUUUAAUGGUAAGGCAGAGUAUCAAUCAGAACCAGAAGAAUUAUCUGGAAAUGAUAUAUUAAGACAAUUUGCUCAUGUUCCAGAUGUGAGAUUUGGAAAGCAAUCUAAUACAGGAAAACGUAAACGUGCUGAACAAGAGCUAAAUUGGACAAAAAAAAAGUAUAUUUUUUGA